AUGGUCCGGUUACCCAUACCGCAACGGCUGAGUUCGCAUCUCAGCUCGAAAACCCCGACCCCGGGGCAGAGUCGCACCCCAAGCCCGUCGCGAGUAUCAGAGAAGCCGCUGAUUCUCAAGGUCGCCGUGCUGAAAGGAAGAGACCUUGCGCCGAAAGAUCGAGGCGGAACGAGUGAUCCGUAUUUGAUUGUUACGCUCGGAGAUUCCCGGCAGUCGACUCCCACGAUACCAAAGACUCUCAAUCCAGAAUGGAACGUCGCGUUCGAGAUGCCCGUGGUCGGGGUUCCGCUGCUGGAAUGCAUUUGCUGGGAUCAUGACCGGUUUGGCAAGGACUACAUGGGAGAGUUUGAUAUUCCCCUCGAGGAUAUUUUCCAAGAGGGCGAGAUCCAGCGAGAGCCGAAAUGGUACACUCUCGAAUCGAAACGGCGGCCGGCCCGCAAGAAGGAUAGCACCGUCUCGGGAGAGAUCCUUCUGCAGUUUUCCCUGGUCGAUACCGCAAAUCCCAUGGCAUCGCCCCAGGACACAUACCGCAAAUUCCAAAAUCUCGUUUGCUUCGGCGAGGAGGAAGACUACUUUCCUCAGGAAACCUCGCAGGACUUGGAAGAUGUUGACCGAGACGAAGAGACCUCUGACGAUGCCGACGAACCCGAGGUCGCUGAAAAGCGCAGGAAACGCCUUCGUCUGAGACGUCUGAGAAACAAGAGCUUAGCGGCUAGGGCAUAUCAGUUUUCUGGCGUGGGUAAUGGAGUGCAGGGCAUCGUGUUCAUGGAGAUUGUCCGUGUCACGGACCUUCCGCCAGAAAAGAACGUCACUCGGACAUCCUUUGAUAUGGACCCGUUCGUUGUCACAUCACUAGGAAGGAAAACGCUUAGAACUCCCGUUAUUCGCCAUAACUUGAAUCCAGAGUACAACGAGAAGAUGGUCUUCCAGGUUAUGAGGCACGAGCAAUCGUUCACAAUCAGCUUCGCGGUGGUCGACCGAGAUAAGUUCUCUGGCAACGACUUUGUUGCGUCGGCCGGUUUCCCGCUUCAAACCCUCAUUCAAUCCGCGCCAGAAUCGGAUCCUGAAACGGGCUUGUACAAGUUCCUAGAUCCAACAUUGGAUCCAACCGGGACUGAAGAUGCAGCUUCCAAAUCCAGUUUUAGAGUUGGGACCAGUCCAUCCUCUUCUACUCAAAAGCUCCCAAUGAGGCCGUCCCUUAAGUCUCGAAACUCAGGCACCUCAACCUCAGGCCGCUCGAUCUCAGGUCACUCCCAGCAUGAUGUUCCACCGUCGAUCCCUCCGAUCAUUGUACCGGAGGUUGGAGAGGAGGAGCUAGCGGCACCGGAAGAAGUGGAAGAAAGGGACGAGGAAAGCAAAGGCGCAUUCAAGGCAUCCGCAAACGCUACCUCUGACGGCGGAAUCGCUCCUCUGGAUACAGAUGGCCUCAAGGUGUACAAGAUUCCUCUUAUCCUGAAGCACAAGGAACGAUGGGAAGAUAAACACUCGCCAGAGCUUGUUAUCAAGGCGAAAUAUCUACCGUACCGUGCACUUCGCCAACAGUUCUGGAGACUCAUGCUGCGGCAGUACGAUGCUGAUGACAGCGGCCGUAUCGAUAAGACAGAAUUGACAACGAUGCUCGAUACUCUUGGUUCGACUUUGAAGGAAUCUACGAUUGAGAGUUUCUUCCAGCGUUUCCAGGCUGAGAAUGAGCCAUUGGAGACGAUGGACUUGUCAUUCGACCAAGUCGUCAUUUGUCUGGAAGACACCUUGCAGAAUUUGCAAAAGGACCCGAGAGUAGCUAUGAGAGCGCACACGCACACGCCGUCAUCAGGUAGCCAAGAUAGCGAGGAGCCGUCCAGCAGUGACGACCUUGCCGCGGAGAACAGCACUAGCUUCCCAUCCAAUAUGGACACACAAGGCACAUCCGUUCCCACACUGCCCAGUGACGAGCAGCCUGGCCCCAAUGAAGACGAUCUCCAGCCAGACGAUCUGGGCGAUGAGCGGGGUGAAGAGCAUGUUGUUGAGAUCCGUGAAUGUCCCUUGUGUCACCAACCACGUCUCGCGAAGCGGUCGGAUGCGGACAUCAUCACUCAUAUUGCUACCUGCGCAAGCCGCGACUGGAGACAAGUCGACAACCUUGUCAUGGGUGGCUUCGUUACGUCCAGCCAGGCGCAGCGUAAGUGGUACACCAAGGUGAUCACAAAGAUUUCUUAUGGUGGUUACAAGCUGGGUGCCAACUCGGCCAACAUCCUCGUUCAAGAUCGGAUUACUGGCCAGAUUAAUGAGGAGCGUAUGAGUGUUUACGUGCGGUUGGGUAUUCGUCUGUUGUACAAGGGAUUAAAGAGUCGGGAGAUGGAAAAGAAGAGAAUCCGUCGCAUCCUGAAGUCUAUGAGUAUCAAGCAGGGCAAGAAAUACGAUGACCCUGACUCCGCGAGCCAGAUCAAGGAUUUUAUCAAUUUCCACCAGCUCGACAUGUCGGAAGUCUUGUUGCCGAUUGAGCAGUUCAAAAAUUUCAACGAAUUCUUCUAUCGGCAGCUGAAGCCUGAUGCUCGACCAUGCUCUGCCCCUGAGGAGCCCCGGAUUGCUGUGUCCCCUGCCGACUGCCGCACAGUGGUUUUCGACCGGAUGAGCGAAGCUACCAGUAUUUGGGUUAAGGGCCGCGAAUUCUCCCUUGAAAGACUCCUUGGAGACGCCUACCCUGAGGAUGUGAACCGGUAUAAGAACGGUGCUCUCGGAAUCUUCCGUCUCGCCCCUCAGGACUAUCACCGUUUCCACAUUCCCGUGGACGGUGUCAUGGGGACGCCAAAGACCAUUGAAGGCGAGUACUACACGGUGAACCCAAUGGCCAUUCGCUCUGCCCUGGACGUGUAUGGUGAGAAUGUGCGUAUCUUGGUACCGAUCGAUUCAGUUGCCCACGGCCGCGUCAUGAUCAUCUGUGUCGGAGCAAUGAUGGUCGGCAGCACAGUGAUCACGCGCCAGGCCGGAGAAAAGGUGACUCGCGGGGAAGAACUUGGAUACUUCAAGUUCGGCGGGAGUACUCUUCUUGUUUUAUUCGAAGAUGACAAGAUCAACUUUGACUCCGACUUGGUGGAGAACUCAAGAGGCCCCCUGGAGACUUUGGUCCGCGUGGGCAUGUCCAUCGGCCACAGCCCUGAAAUCCCUCAGUUCGAGCCGGACUUCCCCAAGAAAGAGAAUGUCACCGUGGAGGAAAUGCAGGCCGCUAAGCGACGGAUCGAAGGCAGUCUGGCACCGCCGACUGAUCCGUCUGGAAUUCAGUAG